AUGUUACAGGGAGCCCCUUCUACUCUCCCCAGGGGUCUCCCAUCCUGGUGUGCAGGGGUUGGCCCUCUAGAUGAGAGUCUGGGGAGUGUGUCUGAGGACCAGGGAUCCUCCAGCCAGAGGUGGAGGAGGUGGCUGGCCAUCCCCAGGCCGGGUGCCCCGAGCUGGGCCAGUGACGACCGCCACAGCCACUACAAGGACCAGGAUGACCUACUGACUGAGGAGAGACAUGACAACAGCUCCCAGAUUGAAGACAUGAACCAUAGCUACUACACAUCUAAGAUCUACGGGGCUACAGAGACUGCUGGUAAAUAUCUGUGGGUGGACAUAGAUCAGCUGGACCCAGGGAAGGGGAAAAUCCACGGCCUGCUGUCCAACACACACAGACAAGCAGCGAGUGUUCACCUGUCCUUUGACUUCCCGUUCUAUGGUCACGUACUGAGAGAGAUCACAGUGGCAACUGGUGGUUUCAUCUACACAGGCGAUGUCAUCCACAGGAUGCUGACGGCCACUCAGUACAUCGCCCCUCUGAUGGCCAACUUUGACCUCAGUAUGUCCACAAACUCGACCAUCAGUUACUUUGACAACGGUACAGCCUUGGUAGUCCAGUGGGAUCAGGUUCACCUACAGGACAGUGUAAGUCAAGGCCCAUUUACCUUCCAGACCGCUCUGCACAGUGACGGACGCAUCGUCUUCGCCUACAAAGAGGUUCCCAUUGACAUCAGUGAGAUCAGGUCAGUGAACCAUCCUGUCAAAGUGGGCCUCUCAGACGCAUUUGUGGUGCUUCAUGAGAUUGAGCAGAUACCCAAUGUUCGCAGGAGGACCAUCUAUGAGUAUCACAAAGUGGACAUCCUCAAGUCCAAGAUCGCCAACUCUACAGCGGUUGAGAUGCUUCCUCUGCCCACUUGUCUUCAGUUCUCCAGCUGUGGACCUUGUAUGUCAUCUGAGAUCGGCUUCAACUGCAGCUGGUGCAGCAGACUGCACAGGUGUUCCAGUGGGUUCGACCGGCAUCGUCAGGACUGGGUAGAUAAGGGCUGUCCUGAAGCGGUCCUGGAUGCGGUGCUCAGUGUAGAUUGA